CAGUUGUUUUCUUAAAUUUGUUGAUUGUACUGUCGGGUCGAUCUACUUCGUAAUUUUUUGCUAGAUAGGCAAAUUCUCCUCCGAUAGAGACCCAAUCGCAAUCGGGACAAGACCAAUUGUCCUGUCGCCGUGUUGUUAUCACUGAGACAUUCCUGUCACCUUUAUUACCCGCAUCUUUGAAUGUGGCUUCAGCCACCUUAGACUUUCUAUCUACCUAACAUAUUUGUCUUUGCCUGUCGACAGCCUCUUAACUUGAGGACUGCGACGGAAGGGACAGUAAAUCUGGCUCCUGUCGACUCCGAUAACGAAGUCUCUUCCUCGUCUUUCAGCGACCGCCCCGCGAUCGCCCACCGUCGGAGACGAUCUUCCGCAGGGAACGACUCGGUCUCCGCGCCUGGUAAUAAUCUCGUUCCUCCUCUGCAUCUGGGCCAACAGGCCCAGUAUUUGCAACCAACGCUGAGUCCGAUUCCUGGCACACCCAACCUUUCGAUGUCCUUGAGCAGGAGUCCCUCCCCCGUCCCCGGAGGAGGAUGGUCUUCUCCUGGCCUAAAUAUCAACAGCGGCCGAUCCAGCCCAGCGAAGGCGUCCUUCUCGGGGCCCAACGGCGGUGGCGUAACGUGGGAGUCUGCAAGGCUUAAGACCCAAGGUGUUGCCAGUUAUCCUUCCUUCUCAACACACAACCAGGGCUUCUUCACCCGACAUAUGCGACGCAUCUCGAGUAGCCUACCAUCUUUUAACACGGCAACGGAUGAUAGGUAUGCAGAGAAAGAGAAACUUGGACGGGGCAGAUGGAAGGUUCCCCUCCUUGGAAGGAUAAGAGCCGCAAUUACACGAGUGAGUAGGAAAUGGAAGAUACGUGCGGCUAUAGCGUUACUCCUGCUCGCGUGCUAUAUACUAUUCUAUAUCACUCCCCUGUGGUACUACUGGAGAAGAGCAGGCUGGUUAGGAGGCGGGGAGAAGUUUGUCAUCAUACUUGCCGCAAAUGUUGGCGGUGGGGUGAUGGAAUGGAAAGGAGCGCGGGAGUGGGCUAUCGAAAGGGAUAGUGUAAGGAACAAACGAAAGUAUGUCGCGAGAUGGGGUUACGACCUCGAAGUUGUCGACAUGAGCACCAAAAAGCGGUAUGCGCAUGAAUGGCGAGAAAGCUGGGAGAAGGUGGACAGUAUCAGGAACAGUUUUAGGAAAUAUCCAAAAGCCGAAUGGAUUUGGUGGUUGGACCUGAAUACGUUCGUCAUGGAGCCCUCCUAUUCGCUUCAGCAUCACAUUUUCAACGAUCUAGAAAAGCACAUAUAUCGCGACAUAAACGAGUUUAACCCCCUCAAUAUCUCCCAUCCCCUUCAAGCCAACUAUCUGGAUCCGGAGUCUUUGAGCCCGGUAGGAGAUGGAAGCGCCGACUCUAUAAACCUCAUACUCUCUCAGGACUGUUCGGGGUUUAACCUGGGCUCCUUCUUCAUCAGACGAAGCGAGUGGACCGAUCGUUUACUGGAUAUAUGGUGGGACCCGGUAGCAUACGAGCAAAAACACAUGGAGUGGGAACAUAAAGAACAAGACGCGUUAGAGCAAUUAUACACAAACCAACCUUGGAUUCGAAGCCAUACGGCCUUCCUUCCACAGCGAAAGAUCAACAGCUUCCCGACUGGCGCAUGCUCCGACCACGGAAACGACCCCCGCAUCCAUUAUAAGCAGGAAGAUCGAGAUUUUGUUGUUAAUAUGGCAGGCUGUGAAUGGGGCCGCGACUGCUGGGGAGAAAUGUAUAACUUCCGCGAGCUCAGCUACUAUCUAAACCGCAACCCUUGGGAGAGGUUUAAAGAAGACCUCGUUGCCGUAAUUUGGGAGAAAAUAACGGGCCAGAAAGUCAAGUUAUAGGAUAACUACCUUCUGGACCCGGUAUUGCCCUGAUUCCAACGUAGUUCCUGGUUUGGACCGCUGGAUCGCGUAAUUUUAUAGUUCUCUUCAUUCGAAUAUUAUAUUAUUUGUCCCCCGCCUACGAGAUCUUAACGCCUCCCUAUUUGUGGCGCAAUCAACGGCUUUGUUUGUUGCGCAAUAUACCCAUCUUGCAUUGCAACUGGAAGGGCAUGCUUAAGUCUUCGGGGUUUACCUAUUCGGCUGUCGUGUCUAUCCUCAGCUUCUUUUAAUCAUGGACGUGGGCCACUAGGAGAUAUGGUUCAGCCAGCCUGUUUGAGGGGAUGAGACAGCUUGGAGUAAGAGGACUGGGGCUCAUGUGCAUCUGUAUUGCUAUGUAAUGUAUGUCCUUUGACGUUAUAUGAAAGGAUUCAAUGAUAUUGAAUAUUCGGGUUGCAGUUUGGAUCACCUGAGAUACGUGCUUGCUGGUGGAAGAUAUGUUUUCAUGAGUGAACCAUGCCACGAUACUCUAACGCCAAUAUCACACUCCAGGCCAGAUAGGUAGUAUAGGUAGGUAGUAAGGACAAAAGAUCCAGAUGAGUCAAGCAAUAUGAUGUAACAGCCAUUAUCGAUGAUAAUACCAAGCCUACCUCUUGAGGUACUACAUGAGGUAAAUACAUG